AUGUCAGCGGCAUACUGCGAAGCCACUAUAGUGGAAAUCCUCCCCGCAAAGCAGAUGGAACACGAACUUAGCACCAAGCAUCGCGUCGUAUAUUUGAUGAUCCCGCGCAAGGUGGAUGAUGCUGACAAUGGCUUUGAGGGUGCUAUCUUACCAGGGUCCGCUAAACCAGCGGUCGCCGGUGGCGAGGACGCCAACCCCCUAUAG